CGGUGCCGGUGCGGGGCAGCCCCGAGAUGCCGGCGGGCAGCGGCGGCGCCCCGGCGCCCCUCGACGACCCUCUGCGCCGCUUUGUGUUAUUCUUGGAAAGUUUCGCACCACUUGUGAAUUCCUUGAACCUUGGCAUUGCAAGCCCAUUUCUGUUGGGCCCUCCUCCUUUACAGCUUGCACAAAUUAAGACACAGUUGGCUCUUCAGCAAUUGACCUCAGUUGCUACAAACAGUUCUGCACCUCCUUAUGCUUUGUUAAAUCAGGCAUUUCUGAAAAUCGCAAUGUUUAGCCCUAGAGGAACUUUACCUCAGAGGCCGAGAGGACCUAAUCCACCUAGCACAAAACCUCAAGGAUCCUUUAGGGGAGGGGGUACGGCAGGUCUUCAGAGAAAACCUGCACCUGGAACACCUCAAGGAAUGUCACAGAGAUUUUCAGGACAGGAAACGUUUCAGUGGACAGGAUCACAGAGGACAAAUGUUCAGGUAACUCAGCACAGAACUGAUCCAAGGCAGGUAAAAGAGAAAUCAAAUCUACACCAUGAGCAAAAGGGAGAAGGUCGUACAAGUCGCUGGGAUAGUAGCCCCUGCUCAGCUGGUGGGACGACUGGGCAAAAGCCACCUGCUUCAGCACGGAUCACAGAGCAGAAUUCAAAUGUCCAGAACCGUUAUACAACAGAAAGUGCUUCCAGUAUUUUAGCAAGUUUUGGGCUCUCCAAUGAAGAUUUGGAAGAACUUAGUCGCUAUCCAGAUGACCAGUUAACACCUGAGAACAUGCCACUAAUCUUGAGAGAGAUAAGAAUUCGUAAAAUGGGUCGUCCGUUACCCGGUUUACAUUCUCGGAGCCGAGGAAAAGAAGUGAUUGCUGGUACGAGUGGUGCAGCAGUCAAGAGUAAAGUGAUUGAUUAUGGUCACGCAAGCAAAUACGGUUACACUGAAGAUCCUCUUGAAGUACGUGUUUAUAAUCCUGAAGUACCAACUGAAGAUCCUCUUGAAGUGCGUGUCUAUAAUCCUGAAGUACCGAGUGGAGAAAACAGGGAAGACUUCCAACGAGAUCAGAGUGUGUCAAUGGGCGUCCCACAGUCUAGUAUGACAUGUAAUCCAGUGUUUCCAGUUGAGGAAUUAAUAAAACAGAUGGGUUUCCAGAAUGAAUCAUCAAAUAGUCGGUCAUUUUUUCCAUCCGAGACUACAGGGAAGGUGUCCGGAUUGUGUGCGACGCCUGCCGGACUCCCAGUGGUGAAAUCUGUAUCCCAGCCUGCGGUACCGCCUGUCAUACCACCUAUGAUGCCACCUAUAAUGCCACCCUUGGCACAGCCUAUGAUGCCACCUGUUAUGCCACCUAUUGUCCAACAGUCUGUGACCCAACAUGUAAUGCCACCUCUGACCCAGCCACCCUUUUCAGCUGAACUUCUUGCAGCUGUAAGCCAGCAUGAAAGAAUUCAGCAUGAAUCUGGGACAAGCCAGUCCAAUACGCAGAGUGGCUCAGUAGCAGGACAGAAGCCCUUCCAGACCCAGGCUGAAGGGCCAGUUAAAUCUCCUUUUGGUAUUGUGAAAGCAUCUUGGCUUCCAGUGUUUCCACAGCCUGAUGCCCAGAAGAUAAAAAGAUUGCCCACUCCCUCGAUGAUGAAUGACUACUAUGCUACAUCUCCAAGAAUAUUUCCACAUAUGUGUUCUCUGUGUAACAUUGAAUGCACUCAUAUGAAGGACUGGAUUCUGCAUCAGAACACUCCUCCUCACAUUGAAAGCUGCCGUCAGUUACGUCAACAAUAUCCUGAUUGGAAUCCUGAGUCUCACUCUUCAAAGAGAAAUGCUGGCGACCGAAAAGAAAAUCAGACCCCAAAGCGCCGUUCCAACUCUGCUAGUCCCAGUCCUAGACGUUCUAGAGUUGCGGGUUCUGGCUAUGUUCUUCGUCGAUCACGGUCGAGGUCUAGGAGCCCUGGCCGUUUCAGGCCAACACGGCCAAGAAGUCGAAGCCCAAGACAGGUGCGCCGACUUAGCCCUAGACACAGGUCAAGGUCACCACAGCGAUCACGGAAUCCACUGAGAACAAGUCCUCGACCUCAGAGGUCUUCCAGUAAUGAUUGGUCGUCAAGGAGGACCACCCGAUCUCCAGACAAAAAGGCAGCUUUGGAGGCAGUAGUGAAAAGUUUGGGACCCGGCUUUGUAGCAGAGUUCAAUAAACAUAAGUCACUUCAAACAGCUGGGCAAGGAUCCUCAGGAUCAGGAAGAUCACCACCUUCUCAUGGACUCUUAGGGAAGAUGCCUGGAAAUAUGAAGAAGCCACUGAAAACUAGUGUUUCUCCAAAGGCUUCAAAGAAAGACUUGUUUUCGCUGCCUGGGUCAGGUGCUUCUAAAUCAAAGUCUCCUGAAAUAGAUGAUUCACCCCAGAAUGAAGAAAUGGAAGAGGAUGAGGAAGAUUUAUCCGCAGGAACCAGUGGCCUUUGUCCUACUCCGUACAAUAGGCUGUUGAGAGAAGAACUACUGAGUUGUGGGACAGUCCUUCAAAUAUCUGAUUUACCAGAUGAUGGCUUUUCAGAUCAAGAUAUUAAAAAAAUCGUUCAACCUUUUGGCAAAGUUAGUGAUCUCCUUGUACUUCGCUCUAGGAAUGAGGCUUUCUUAGAAAUGAACUACAAAGAAGCAGUAAUAGCAGCUGUGAAAUACAGUGAAACUGUACCAGUGCUGGUAAAUGGGAAACGUGUGAAAAUAAGUGUAGCAGAAAAGCCAAAAGCAACUCCUGGCCAGGCCAAAAUGAACAUCAAAAAAAUGACUCAGACUAUUAAAAAAGUUGCAUCAAGUACAAAAAAAGAUCAAAACACUGCCACUAAGACAGCUAAAUCCAUUACAGGUAAAAAAGAAGUAACUAAGAAAACCUUGAUGACAGGAGAUAGUAAAAUCAAAACUUCAAAUAUUGCAGCAAAAUCUAAAGAAAAGGCUGAAGAUCUGAAGAUAUCAACAGAACCUGGAAUAGAAGUUGGAGAAACUAACUUAUUAGAAACAAAGAAAGUUACAGAAGGUGACACAGUUACCGAGCUUGUGAAGACAGUAGAGACUCAAGCCAAAGGAAUGAAUAAGCCUGCACCAGUAAUAGAGAAACUUUCACAGAUGCCUCAGCUGGUGGGAAUGGACGUAGAUCAGUUUAGUGAAGCUUUAAUUGAUCAAGACGCUACUAUAGUGACUACGAAGAGUGAAGAAUCAAUGGAACCAGUUAGCAAGGAAGUUGAUGAUACGUGUGUGGUUCUUAUUUCAAACUUGCCUGAAAAAGGAUAUUCUGUUGAGGAAGUUUCCAAUCUAGCAAAGCCAUUUGGAGGACUGAGAGAUGUGCUAAUUUUAUCAUCUCAUAAAAAGGCAUAUCUAGAAAUAAAUAGAAAAUCUGCAGAUUCCAUGGUUAAAUUUUAUACCUGCUUUCCAAUGUCACUGGAUGGAAAUCAGCUCUGCAUCAACAUGGUACCUCAGUGUAAGACUAUAAAAGAUGAGGAAGCAAUAUUUACUGCCAUCAUCAAAGAUUCCGAUCCUAAGGUAAAUACUGAAACUAUACAUAAUAAAUUUGUGCAUCUCGGGAACUUACCAGAUGAUGGAUACAGAGAACUUGAAGUGGUUUGUGUGGGACUCCAAUUUGGGAAAGUGGAUCAUUACGUGGUGCUGAAGAACAAGAACAAGGCAAUUCUACAGCUGGAUAGUCCCAAGUCAGCUAAAUCGAUGUACUGCUUCCUGAAACAGUACCCGUGUAAUAUAGGUGAACGUACAUUGACCUGUACGCUGUCACCCAGUGGAGAGUCUGCUGAGGCUGACGUUGUGAAAAAAGAAACGAAAAAGGAGGAACCAAGCAAAGGAAGCUCUGACUUGAAAAAAUAUCCAGAGGGAUCAGGAGUGGUGCAAACAGCAGCUGCUAAUCCUCCAGUAGAGCCUAGUGUGGCAAAGAAAGAACCCCUUUCCACCUCUAAUGUCAAAGUCGAGAUGUCAGCAUUGCAGAUAGAGACCUCUGAGUCCCAUCUUGAAAAACCUGUAAGGGAGUCUGCUGCAAGAGUGCCAGAAACAUCUGUGGGGAAAACAGAAGUUGGAGUAGAAGUUACUGUUGCAUCUGUCAAAUCACCUGAUACUCAAAUAUCUGAAGUAAAGUCGGAGAUGCAGCUGCUUCCUUCCGAUGCUCAGAAAGAAGAGGUAGUUAAAAAUAAUGAUGAAUCAGAGUCUUUUGAAUCUGCUAUUGUAGCUGCACCAGAGAAGGAAAUGGGAGUGAAAGCUGAAGAAUUGUCUGCUCCUGCCAUUGAACCAUCAGAAGAAUUAGCUAAUGUGGGCAAGCUGGAAGGUGUGCAGUCAGAUUCUGCUGUGAACCCAGCAGCAGAGGAAAUAACAGGGCCUGUCUCUGAAGCUGUGCCCCCUGAUUCUGAUGCAGCCUCUGUGGAGAUGAUGUUAUCUGUUGACACUCAACAAAACAACAAGUUGGGUGCUCCAGAAAAAAAAACUGUUUCUGAUGCUGUGAGAACUGAAACUGAAAUGCCUGUGACUCAGGGUGGGCUGAUAACAGAGAAGAAACUUGUACUUAAAAUUGGAACAGCCAUGGAGAAGAAACUGGACAUAGCUGGAGCUGACAUAGAGAUGAAAUCAGAAGAGUCUGUGCUCAAAGCUGAAACUGCUGCAGAGGAGAAACCUGAAAAGUCUUUGACCAAGACUGGGGCAGAGGCGGAGAAGAAACUUGAAAAAUCUGUGGCUGAGGUUAGGGCAGGUGUUGAAAAUACUGAAAAAAGCAUGAAUAAAAACAAUGAGGGAAGUUUAAUCAAAGCACAUCAAAAUAAAGGAGCAGAACAAGCAAAAACUGAUGAAACCUGCAAAGCAGUUCCAUUAAACUCAUCUUUAUCUGUCAAGGAAUCUUCCUCUGUUAGUAAAACAAUUCUAAAGGCAGUGGUGUGUCUUCCUGAUAUAUCAAAGGCAAGGGUCCCAGUACGGAGAAAUGAUACUUCCCUGUAUAAAGGAGAGGAGCAGAAAGCUUCCUCAAAACCCGAGACCCGAAGCCAAGCAGCUGUGGAGAAGAAGAUUGCAUCAAAAGAGGUGGGUCGUCCACGACCUGGUUGCAGCAGUUCAAGUCCGUCAGAUAGCAGCGGCAAAUCUAAAGUGAACAGAAGUGCUACUGUUGAGGAAAAGGGAGGCAAUGGGAGGAAUUCAUCUCAGCAAGAGAAGGAUUCAAGAGUGGAAUCUAGGGCUAGUUCAAAACAGUCUCAAGACAGAGAGAGUAGAUCAUCCAGCGUGAAGCAAGACAACAGCAGCAACAAGGCUUCUGUCAGCGGAAGUACUAGAACUUCAAAAAGCAGCACUAGCAGUGAUGCAAAACAAAAAGAGGAAGAAGAGCUUUUUCCAUUUAAUCUGGAUGAGUUUGUUACAGUGGAUGAAGUAAUAGAGGAAAUUGAGUCUCCUGUUAAAACCCGUAGAAAUCCACCGAGAGGGAAGAGAAAAGAUGGUGGUAAAAGUAACUCUUCUGAGCCUAGUUCUAAAAGAAGGAAAGGGAAAAGCUCUAUAGCACGCAUUGCUGAAAGUGAACUAUCUUUUGUCACUCUGGAUGAAAUUGGAGAAGAGGAGGACAUGACCACACAACUAAUGGGAGUUGCUAGUUUAGAUGCACUAACUGAUCCACAGGGCCUGGUUGUAGUAGAUGAAGUAAUUGAAGAGGAAGAACUUAUAUCAGAAGCAGUAAAGGAUCCACAGUCACUUGUUACUUUGGAUGAGAUAUCUGAACAAGAAGACCUUAGUUUUCAUAAGGAUGACCCUAGGUCAGUUUUUGAGGAGCAAGAUUUGAAGGCAGAACCCUUAGUAACCGUAGAUGAAAUAGGGGAAGUGGAAGAGCUGUCUUUGAAUGAGCCUAUGGAUUUAAAUAUUGAGGAUGCAAUGAAACAAAAGGAAGAUGAUAAAGUGACUGCGGAGGAUUCUGGAGAUUUUGUUUCCUGUCAGGUGCCUGACGAUCCCAGUGCUUUAGUGACAGUAGAUGAAAUACAGGAGGACAAUGAAGAUACCCCUCUAGUGACUUUAGAUGAAGUCAACGAAGACGAAGAUGAUUUUCUGGCCGAUUUCAAUCGUCUAAAAGAGGAACUAAACUUUGUUACGGUAGAUGAAGUUGGAGAGGAGGACGAGGAAGAGGAAGGCACUUUCAUGGGGAAAAAUCUGAAUGAGAAUGAAGAUGAGGAGGAUAUAGUUGCUGUUGCAGGACCAGAAGAGGAAGAUAUUGCUGCCAUUGCAGGAACAGAAGAGGAAGAUAUUGUUGCUGUUGCAGGACCAGAAGAAAUGGAAAUUCUAGGAGAUAUGAAUCCGGAAGAAGAAAUUAUUGCAAUCUCAAAGUCAAAAGGAAAGGAAUCUCUUGUAUCUUCCAGGGGAGAAAUAGAAAAUAAGAUACUUGCAGCAGGUGGACAGGAAAUGGACAAAGAGAUCCCUGUAGGAAACAAAGAGGAAGCUGAAAAACACGAAAUUUUUGACAAAGUUCAUGAAGGAGAUGCUACAAAAGAAACAGAGACUGUCAGCAAACAGCAGCCUGAAGUAGAUGAACUUGGAUCAGGAGAUAAAGAACCUGAGUCUAAGCGAAAGAAAACGGAUUCUUCAGAUGCAUCCAAGAUACAGAGUACUCCAAAAGAUUUAGAUUUCCUUGUUCCAAAGCCUGGCUUUUUCUGUCAGAUCUGUUCUCUGUUCUAUGCAGAUGAAAUGUCUGUGAAAAAUCACUGCAAGACACAGCUUCAUCAGCAAAAUAUGGAGAAAUUCAUGGCCAAGCAAAAGGAAGAGGAUAACAAUGGGGAAGAACGAAGUUCAAGGUGAUCAGAGGAAAGAAGAAUUCUUUCAGUAAAUUAAACCUAGGGUCCAGUCAAUUUUGUGUAUUUUGUUUAUGAUUUAAUUUGUAAUUUUGUUUCAGAAGCAAGCAUUCAUGUUGUAUAAAUUUGAACUCAGUAUAGGCAGACUAAAAGAAAAAUGUAUGGUGGCUUUGACUUGUAUAUCAAAUCAUCUGACUUGGAGGAGACUUCUUUUGCAAGUGUUGACAUGAAAUAAAUGUUCUUACUGUAUAGUUAACACCA